AUGGACGUUACGACGGUCCUUUCUUCUUGGUUCCGGCAACUUUUGGUCGCCGCUCUUCACCAAGUCUCCCUUCGUCGGAACCAGUCAUCAUCUCGUGAUGUGCUAUUUGGGUUCUGGAUGCUUUCUAUAGGAUGGUGUGAGAUCUCCUUGUCCCUUGCUCUCACCUAUGCUGCGGUCAUCUCCUUGCUUUGGGAUGUGGGUAUCAUCCCUCAACGUUCACGGUGGAGAGACGGAACUCGAUCAACCCACCGGUGGUUUCUAAUCGAUCGCAAUAAUCUUGGGAAGGUUAUUCACGGUAAACUUCGGAAGAUGGCGGGCAUCUCGCAAGUGAGAUAUGGAAAGUCAAAGUGCUAUGAUUUCGGGAUAAUGAUUCUCUCGAUUCAGGGCUUUGAUGGAAGGAAUUCCAUAAGUAUUCUCAAUCACAAAAAUCUCCCUGCAUAUGUGAUAUCAGUGAUUUCAGGGAGCAAUAAUCAAGGGAUCUUGAUUUGCAGAGUAAUAACUCAUGUUUCUAGGUUGCUCUGCAAUCAUCUACACAAGGAGAGCCGCGCCUCUUACCUCGGGAUCCACAUAAACACUCAGAGCUUUUUCCUUAAGCAACAAAGGUUUCAUUUCCUUCUAGUGCUCGGUGUUUACAUCCGCUCUGAACAUUUUGAUAAUGGCCUUUUUCGUGAUGGUAGGAAACGUUUGUCACCCAUCAAAAUGCCCGACUUCGAUYAUUCUGAGAUUAUCAAGCAGUUUGAGAGGACUUUGGUGGGGCYUGUGCWAAACCCGGCGCAAGUACAUAGAGUCAYAGCUCUACUUGCAUUCUUACCAUCGGUCUGGAGAUGUGAGGAUCGUGUGCAGGGAUUCGAUUUAGGGAAAGGCAAGUUCCAAUUUCGAUUCGAACAAGAAGCGGAUCUCUUGCAAGAUCUCCCGGAGUAUCGGUGCUACAAGGAAGGAAUGAUUGAGAUUGGAGAGAAGUUGGGCGAGCUCCUGGCGUAUGAGGUACAACCACCACGGGUUCAAGUGGUGCUGGAGAGUGCAUUACCUAUGGUGGUGGAUCGAGACCUUGAGUUCAAGAACCGAGAGAUCAUUACGGUUCAGUUUAAAUACGAAAAGCUUGAUUGUUAUUGCAAGAUAUGCUACCGAAUAACACAUGACAAGCUUACCUGCCCUGAGAGACCGAUGGCACGCACAACAAGAGGCUACUCUCGCCGUCACGGAGGUGAGGAUGAUAGACGACGCAAGGAAGAACCAUCUAAUGUGGUACCAGCACAGAUCCAGAACCGUCGCGGCGAUCGACACGGUGGGGACAAAGUGGCAGAGAGGGAGAAUCCUGCGACUCAGAGCAAGCUCCCUGUUCGUCGGAAUCUCUUUGGAGAUGAGGGCUCCUCUGUAUCAAGCAGGGACGGCUCAGUGGCAGAUACCGUGCUGGCUCUGCCCUGGGGUCGGAAAUCCGGUCCGAUGAGUGGAGAGGAGAAGCGUCGGGGGAAACGACCGGCUAGUGAGCUUUUGAACCCAUCAACGGAUCUCCAGGCGCGACAGAUGGGCAACGAGGAACGGAGAGGGGAAGUUACGCUCUCGAAAGGAGAGCAGGCGGAGGGGCGAGAGCCGAAGGAUUGCUUCGUUACGGCGACAUGGUAUCGCGACCCGGUUAAAGUUACUCAGAACGUGAAUCAGGCUAAGCGAGGGAAGGGGAACGUGAGUCAGGCUCCCUCGACGGGGAUGGGGUCGAUCGAGCCGGCGAAGCCACCUAUUCCGGCGGCUGCUGGGAAGAAACAAGAGAGAGGGUCGGCUGUCGAUCCAGUCCCCGAGUUGGGCUUUGAUGGAGUUAUUUCUCCCCUAAAAGGCCUCUUCACAGGCCCAAGACCUUUAGUGGUGGCCACAGAUGGGCUAAACGUGGGCCCAAAAGCUAACAGACCAAAGGGGAAGCCCAAAGUCGGGACUAAGACUAAGAAUGUUUUAGGAGUGCGCAAGAAAAUUGGCAACAGCCCGUUCAGAGGGAUUCGGGUUCAGAAACAAGCUUCCAUCGCGGCUAAAGUUUCACUUAGAGAUGAUUCGCCUUUUUGUGACUUUCCGCAGCCGUUGCCUUCGAGGCCGACUCCGAAAAACUCGAAGAAACUACAAGACCUGGUGGUUGGAGAAAAACGACCCACAAGUGAAUAA